CUAUUCUUGUUAUAGAAGUAUGCAACAGUACGAAGAUAGAGCUGGUUAAUCAAGCAAUAUGAAUUAAUACGAGAUAAGAUAACAAUGAAUCCUUUAGAAAGCAUCGCGGAAUAAUAUUUUUGUUAGACUUGUUUAGGUUAUGAACAAGACAAGAUGAACGGAUUCUAUUUUGGGUUUAUUUGGUUGUUGCUGGCAUUCGCAACAUGCCAAUCAACUCCUCAGGUGUCUACACCAUUAGGAAGAAUAGAAGGAAAGCUAGAUACUACAGUUAAUGGUAAGACAUUUUAUAGCUUCGAAGGAGUUCCAUAUGCUCGACCUCCCCUGGGAAAGUAUAGAUUCAAGGAAGCAGUUCCUCCAAAACCAUGGGAAGGAAUAUGGAAGGCCAAUACCAAAUACGAAUGUAUGCAAUACAAUCAUUUUGCAAGACUAGAAAGCGAUCCAAUCGAUGGCACAGAAGAUUGUCUCUACGUUAAUAUUUACACCCCUAAGAUUCACGCUAAACUGGAUGUUAUAGUUUAUAUCCAUGGAGGAGCUUUCAUGUUUGGUUCUGGCGCAAUAUAUCAACCACAUAUACUCUUAGACAAGAAUGUAGUAUAUGUAACCUUGAACUAUAGGUUGGGACCAUUAGGGUUUUUGAGUACUGAAGACGACGUCUCCCCUGGUAAUAAUGGCCUCAAAGAUCAAAUACUUGCACUCAAAUGGGUAAAAGAAAAUAUACAGUACUUUGGGGGUAACCCAAACUCUAUCACUAUUACCGGUACAUCAGCUGGAGGAGCCAGUGUACAUUUCCACACGUUAACUGAGGAGUCUAGAGGUCUGUUUAAGGCUGGAAUAUCCAUGAGCGGUUGUAUGUUGAAUCCAUGGGUGUUGAUGGAGAAUCCUCUUGAGAGGGCGAUGGAGUUAGGUACCUUGGUAGGCUGUGAGGCAGAGAGCACUCAGUCUUUGGUAGAUUGUUUGAGGAAGAGGCCAGCGAAGCAGAUUGUGGGUGCUGUGGGAGAGUUUCAGCCUUGGAAAUACAAUCCAUUCUCUCCAUUUGGAGUUGUUGUAGACGAAUGGUCCGCAGAUCCAGUACUGCCAAAGCAUCCCUUACAGAUUCUUGAAGAGAGGGAUGUAUCAGAUACUCCAUGGAUAAUAUCUCAUACUUCCGGUGAAGGACUUUAUCCAGGAGCAGAAUUUUACCCAGAAGAGAAUCUCAAGUAUAUAGACGAACAUUGGGAAGAUAUCUUACCCCAUAUACUGCACUUCAACUCCACAGUCGAAAAAUCUAACCAAAAAUAUGUGAACGACCGAAUAAGGGAAGAAUACUUGGGAUCACAACCAAUAACACAAAAAAAUUUCAACAAACUUAUCGAUAUACUCAGUGAUAGACUGUUCAAUGCUGACAUUGACAAAUGUACAAGACUUCAGGCAGCAGCUAUCGAGUCUCCAGUCUACCACUAUCUCUUCGAUUAUAGAGGGAAACAUAGCUGGACAGAAUUGGGCAGUGGAACCACGGAUAACAUUGGCGUUUCACAUGCAGAUGAUACGGUUUACGUAUUAAAGACAGAGGUUGAUACUCUGUCAACUGAAGAAGAUCGGGCCAUUUCAAAGUUUAUGGUCGACACAUUUAUCAGUUUUGCCAAAAAUGGAAAACCCACAGACGACGUAGAGUGGCCAGAAGUAUCCAAGAACAAAGUUGACCCAAUAAAAUAUAUCAGGAUUUCCUCUUCAUUCUCUCUAGAAGAAGUGGAAGAAUUUGGGAAUCGCAAGUUUUGGGAUUCUCUACCUUUCGGGGAAAACGAGAGGCUUUUCAAAGUCAAAGACGAACUUUAGAAUUGUUUUUUUUCUAUUGAAAUAUUUGAUAUUGUUAUUGUAAUUAAAAUUUCUGGUUUCGUAGAA